AACAAGAAUGCGACGUGGCCGGCGUUGGCAGCCGGAGACAGCGCGCCGGCCCUGAAGCACGAACCGUGGAUCCGGGCAGAUUGUGACAGGUGCAGAACUUGAACACCAACCACCACAUUAUUCACCAUCAAGUCAUGGCAAAGGCCGGUGACCAGUCUCUUUUUCCGUCCGAAAUGACGGAACACACAAUAAUCUAUCCAAGCGGUCACCUACGGACAGGCUGAGCUUGUUUUGAAACAGCAUGGCUCUCAUCCUGCCGAGUCCGGCCUGGCCAACUCCAUCGUGGAGCCAGUCGCUUCGUGGCUAAAGCGGCUUUCCAAUUUAUCAAGAGGAGCCCGGAAAAUCAGCGCCUCCAGCACGCUGCCGUUGAUUGGGAAUCAGUGCAAUCACCCGGUUACCUGAACCGCUCGCCUUCACCAUCCAAUCUGCAAGGAUGGGCGACUUGUCCGCUAAGGAAGAUGCACAAUCUGAGCCACCAUGCACCAUGGGAAUUUUCCCCAGCGCCUUGCUCCGGCGGACACAGCCUGUGUACCCCAGGUCUACCGCACGGACAGAACCAGUGAGAAACACUCCCGCUGUCCUCCACGCGUCAACAGGAAGAUCACCAAGUCCUCUUGAUGCAUGAUAUAGUUGUAUGCAGCUAUCGGGCAAACUCCGUCAUCUCUUCAGACGGGAAUAGUCACCACAGGUUCACCACCACGGCAUUGUUUCGUCCUUCAAGGCCAAAUGACUGGCGAACACGUCCUGAGCCAUCCACUUCGGCCCUCUCGUUGGCGAUCCCCAGGCCGGUUUCGAAGCAAAUUUCCCUGGUCGAUGCUCCAUGUGCUGCCGCGCUCGCUGAGGGCGCCACUGGUACCUUUAGCAGCGCCAUGCAUGGCCGUUACCCUAGCCGCAGCUCCUCUCCGAAGACUAGUUUGCACCUUUUCAAGCGGAUUGUUCUUGCUUACCACUUGCAGGCGAUCACCCUUGAGCUCAUCAUGUCCGAAAAGGUAGGUCGAAUGGAGCUGCUCAGUUGCUGCGUUUCGUCACCAGCAAACCUUGCCUCGUGCUCGCCAUGACCCCAGUCUUAAGGCGACAUUCGUCGCAUUGACACCGCAAGUGCUUCCCCAUGUGUUCAUUGCUCUGAAUUUGUUGCUAUCGUUAUCGUUACAGCUAUCUCUUUGAUGUGCGCAGCCUGGUGUCUGCUCAAUAGCUGUCAGCCCUCCUGUUGUUGUCGUCGUCUGGCAUUUGGAUAAAAGCCGCUCUCGGAAUCUACAAUAUCUGUCGCAGGCCGACGCUAAUGUCUUCGUUUUUGACCCGACCGAAAUGCUGCAGUCCUGACGUGGAGGUGUAAGCUCUCUAUCUCGUUCACUGUGGAGGACGUCUCGGGUGGUGAAAGUAUAGCCUGACAACAUACUUCCACAAAACAUAACGGCCAAUGAUGAGAUCAACCUACCUACUGGCCGUGAUACUGCUGGGAUGGGCCCUGGCUGUGGAAGCCUCGGGACUUGAUGCUGUUGAGCUCAUCAAGAAACAAGACACCGCUACAGCUACAGCCAGCUUUCCGAGCCUCACGACCGAUGCGCCUCCUUCGUCCACCGACACAGUAAUAUCAUCUGAGAGCAGCACGUCGAGCGGCGGCGCCGAUAAGACCUCCACAGACGAUGGCCGCUCAUCGGAUCUGCCUGCAUCAGCCACGCCAACCAGCCAGCCGACAACAUCGGCAACGAAGGCGUCCCCGGUCACUACGUCCAUCCUAUCGACUUCAUCCCCUGCAAACUCGCAUGCCACGGCGGCAGCCACAACAUCCAAACACCACGAAGAGUUACCUCUGAAGCCAGAAAUUACCCCGGCGUUCGGGAUUGCUGGGGUGUUGCUCAUUAUUUUGGGCUCGGUGUAUGCUUUGGUGGGAGUCAAGAGCAAAUGGGUGCAGAUAUCUCUCUCCGCGGGGUUCCUGGCCAGUAUUGCAACAACAGCCCUUCUGGUGUAUGUGAUGGACCCUCCGGUCAAGAACACCAUCCAAGGCGGCUACUUCGUGGCAAUUGUCAUGACAGGGGUCAUUUUCGGAGCCGGUGCUCUCGUCUUCAAAGAAUUCACUGAAGGCUUGGGCUGUCUUCUUGGGGGUUAUUGCUUCAGUAUGUGGCUUCUCACCCUGAAGCCUGGCGGGCUUAUUACGAGCGCGAUUGGAAAAGGCGUAUUCAUCGGUAUAUUUUGUCUCAUUGCCUGGGCUGUCUCCUGGACCCGAUAUACUCGACCUUACGGUUUGAUCGGGUCUACCUCAUUUGGAGGAGCCACCGCCUUCAUACUUGGGAUCGAUUGCUUCACCAAAGCUGGGAUGAAGGAGUUUUGGAUCUAUAUUUGGGAUCUUAAUGACAACCUCUUUCCUCUCAACACCGAUACCUAUCCUCAGACGCGUGGCAUGCGGGUUGAGAUCGCUGUCGUGGUUAUCGGCACCAUUAUCGGCCUACUAUCACAGAUCAAACUUUGGAAAGUCAUCAAGUCCAGACAAAAGGAACUGGAGGUCCUGCGGCGAGAUGACGACCUCAAUAAUGAUGCCAUUGAGGCUGCCCUGGGUCGUCACCUCCAACGGCAGAACGAGAGGGAGAAGUCGGUAUGGGAGCGACAGUACGGCGACCGACUCCAAAGCCAACGCAACACCAUUCUCUGGCAAAAUGCUCACCCGGAAAAGCAGCAUCCACUUGUGUCAGUAGUAACAGUUCCGCCAGGACCAACCACUCCUCCUGAAGAUGUGGAAAUGGAGGUCAUUAAGUCGAAGACUGUCUCGUCUUCUGGGUCGAAACGCAAUCGUCACCGCUCGGUCAUUGUGGAUGUCAUCGAGGAAGUGGAGGAAGAUCCGGAAGAGAAUGCUGCGAAAGAACGCCAGAAAGCACUUGAGGCUCUUGAGGAACGUGAUCCUCCACCUGAAGGAGAGCGACCAUCUGAGCCCAGUACUCCUUUACGGGAUCCCAAGCAACCGAACGAUGGCGAGGGGUAUUCCGGAGUCGGUAUCGCUGUUGACCCUGUCGAGGUUGAGGACCCUUCCCGAGUAAAGCGACUGUCUCGGUCAGCAAUGUCUGGCCUAACCAAACGCCUUAGCCCGACCAACAACAUGGCUUCCAAAUCACGGGAGUACUUGUUGAGCGCCAAUGCCGAAAGACCACAGAGCAGAGCAUCCUCAGCCGCGGCGACUGUGGAUACGGACAAUGAAGACUUGGACGUGAGCACGCUGGAUGACGGCGUCGAAGAUGGCAGACGCACCCCAGACACGCCGCCAGAGAUUAUCGUCUCACCGGCCACGCCCACGCCCAAAGCGAAUUGGACUGUGACCCAACUGUCACCACGCCACCAACAGGACCCAGUUGUCGAAGAGGAGAUAUCCAAUUUCCAAAGUACGUCUGAAGCAUCACUUGAGGAUGUGCCUCCCCUUCAGCAGUCCAGUGCAGCCUCGGUCACGGCAAGUCUGCGCAGCGGGAGCACAUCUCCCAGCGAGAAGAAAUCAAAAUUAGAGGACGCCGGCAGUGGCAGUGGCAAGUCACGGUCUCAAGCAUCAGAGGCCACAGGCUCAAGUGCGGAGUCUCUGACCCGAACUGCGCUUGCCCAGAUUCCAAGCCAGUUAUCGAAUGUCGUCUUGUCCUACCGAACAAAUGAAUGGGCGAAACAUAUUGGAGUCGCUGACAUUCCAAUCUGUGACGAGCCGGACACACUUGAUGCUGUUGAUGAUGACGAGCCCGCUGUUCAUUUAGCUUCCUCGGCACCAGACGUUGAAACAGGGAAAGAUCCCAACACCAAAUCCCAUGUUUCAGGACUUUCAAUGGCGCCGCCGGUCAAAGCUGGUAGCACUGGGGUUGGAAUUACUAGCGUAGCAGACCCAAUCAAACGAAGGUCCUCCCAGGAGAAACGCAGAAGCAGUGGUGGACCAAUCCGGUCUGGAUCGAUUCAAUCUCUUCCUCUUCGGGACAACAGCAGAAGCAGUCGUCACAGUUUUCAUCCAGAGUCGCUGGUGACGACACCCAUUGACGAGAACGCGCCUAGUGAGUUCCAUCCACACAAUAGUAUCUCCAAUCCAAAUCGCCGUGCAUCAGCAGGGCCACGGUACAUUGCUCCUUCGCAAAGACGGUCGACAGCUCCACUACCGAACAGCACUCUCGAAACGCGACCUUAUACUGCUCAUGGCAGGGCAAGCGCCAGCACGUAUACCGGAACCAACGAAAAUUUCGUGCAAAUCAAUAGACCGUUGACUCAACAAGAUAGGGCGGCGUCCUACGACUACUCUCGACAACAACCGCGAAGAAAACAACAGGAUGCAGAUACAUCCCGACGCAGCGAUAUCGACCGCCGCCAGUCUCUCCUAGCAGAGUGGCGACUAUCGCAACAUUACCGGGCCACCAGCAGCGGUCUGGGACUCAAUGGAGCCUCGGUUUCAGCGUCAGCAGAUGCUGGUCGGGCCAUGAUGCGAGCCGAAAAAGAAAACCAAAGACUAAAAGAAGAAUACGAACGGGCUGCGAAGCGAGAAAAACAACUUGCCAUUGACCAAGCCAUGAGGCGGCCGGAUAUGCAAGAGCUGCAUCGCGAAGCAAUGCGUAAAAUGCAGGCCAAUGCGAAUAAAAAGCUAUUACGCUCCUCCAGCAACCAAAAUGUCACCGGCAGUGGUGGUGGUCCUUUUUGAUCUGGUCUUCAACGAGGAUUUACAGUAAUUUGACGCCACUGGGGGGACAAGUUUGUGCCCUGGAUACUUACAGUUUACACAUACAGAACAUAUAUACAGUACACUCCUUCGGCUCCGGCGACGGCGCUUAUUUUGGAGGACCUGUGCAAUGCAACUUCUACAGCGAAGCAAUGAUGAGAAUUGAAAACUUUCAAAUGGUGAUGGUGAUGGCCGGAUAAGAGGAAAACGCGCCCAGAAAUAAGGGCACCAUAUAUACACGACUGAGGGUCAAGUUCACAGGCCCGCUCAUUGCUUCUCCUUUUGGCGGAGAGAGACGUUCUUCUAGACGUCAAAAAACCUGGACCUGGAUCACGAGCUUUGGUUUUUUUUCUCCACUUCUUACUUGAACAUGAUACCCCUGGCUUUAAAAUAUAUAUACAAUAUGUAAUGAUGAUUAUGGCUUAAUCUUGAACCACACAGCAUCUGGAGAAUGAGCGAUAAUAAUGUACCCUCCAAAGACUGGAAGCAGAAAGCAGAUGAAGGUGGUUGAUGUCAAGUCCGCUCAGUGCCCACUUGAAAUGUCAUCAGC